AUGUCCAAGCUCAUCACCGUCUCCGGCGCAACAGGCACCCAAGGCGGCUCCGUAACAAAAUCCAUCCUCGCCGACCCAGAAUUGUCAAAAGAAUUCAAAAUCCGCGCUAUAACACGCGAUGUCAUGAAACCCACGGCCAAGAAGCUCGCGGAGCAAGGUGUUGAACUAAUCAAUGCCGACCUGAACUCCAAAGAGUCCGUCUCAGCAGCACUCAAAGGGUCCCAUACGGUGUACCUAGUCACCAACUUCUGGGAAACCGCCAACCCCGCCGACGAGAUCCGGCAAGGCAAGAACGUCGCCGACGCGGCGAAAGAAGCCGGCGUGCAGCACCUUAUCUUCUCCUCCCUGCUGAACGUAACAAAAACCACCAACGGCCGGCUAACGCACGUCUCGCACUUCGACGGCAAGGCCGAGAUAGAAGACUAUAUCAAGCAGUCCGGCGUGCCCUGCACGUUCGUCCUCGCCGGGUAUUACAUGUCAAACUGUCUCGGCGUGCUUAGCGAAGACGAUGACGGGGUCUACACACUCACGUACCCCGUCAGCGCAUACGCCAAGUUCCCGUUGUUCGACGCGGGAGAGGACAUGGGCAAGUUUGUCGCCGCUGCGAUCAAAGCGCACGAUUCCAGCACGCUGCCUAACGGCGCCCAUGUCCUCGCCGCCUCCGCAUACUACACCCCGCCGGAGAUCCUCGAGACCUUCGCCGACGUGACCGGCCACGCGACGCGCUUCGUGCAGGUCUCGCCAGAGCAGUAUAAGUCUUUCCUGCCGGCGCAGAUGGCCGACGAGAUAUUGGAGAACCACCUGUUCAUCGAAGAUCCGGGAUAUUUCGAUGGUGCGGACUUGGAAGCGAGUUUGAAACUGCUUGAGGAUGUGGGCCGGAAGCCGACGACGUGGAGGGAGUUUUUGGAAAGGAACAAGGGGACUUGGCAGUAA